AUGAUUGGCCCUAGUGCGGCGAUGGCAAAACUGGCGGAAUCGGGCGAAGACGCAGGUAAAUUAUUAGUUCUUACUGUGUACACCUUCUGUAGGAUAAAUGUGUGGAACGGCCAAUGGGAUUUCAAGAUUGAUCUGUCGAGAAUGGGGAGAAGUAUAAAGUUGUCUUCCAUCGGGUCAGUUGACGUGCUUCGAUCGAGAGUCGCUUUGUUGUACGGAUUUCAGGCAUCUCCCGUUUCUAUAGAGCUGUCGUACUGGAUUGAAGAUCCUAUUGCCGAGCUGAAUGGUAAAGGGACACAACCUGUCCAAAUCGUGUGCGACAAAGACGUUAGAGUUUUGAAGGCCCUUCUGUCAACAUUUUCGUCACAGUCAGGGAAAGAGUCGGAGAGUCAUUGGUUAUUUUGGGUCCAAAGGAAGGUAUUGCAGCCGAAAUAA